UCCCUUUAACAUUUUAUCACAUAGCUACUUUUGAAAAAGCUGUUAGAUGAGUUUGACGUACUGGAAACAUGUAGAAAUUGCCCAUUUACAGACGGCGCUUUGCGGAGAACUGAAGAUGUUGCUGUGGGUCGUUCUUGUUCUGGAUUUGGGGGUUUCUGCCGUGACGCUGCCAGAAAUCACGGAUGAGAACUUCAUCGCCGAGUGCGUGGAGGAGCACAACAAAGCCCGCUCAGCUGUCAGCCCACCUGCAAACGACAUGCUGUACAUGUCAUGGGAUGAGGCGUUGGCCAUUACUGCCAGAGCGUGGGCAAAACAUUGUCAUUUUAUGCACAACGUCCACCUCAGGGAGGACGGCCGCAUGCACCCCACGUUUACCUCUGUGGGAGAGAACAUCUGGACGGGCUACCCGCCGAAUACGUUCAGCGUAAAGAAUGCCAUUCAAAAGUGGGUGGAUGAAGUCAAGCAUUACAGCUACAAGGAAAACAGAUGCACAGAUGUCUGUGGCCACUACACACAGGUUGUGUGGGCAAAAAGCUACAAGGUUGGCUGCGCUGUAGUGCACUGUCCACAAGGUGUCAAAAACUUUGAUCGUCCGGGUGCCAUUUUUGUAUGCAACUACGCCCCAGGUGGAAAUUUCAUCGGACAGCAGCCUUAUGCAACUACUGGGGAUCCAUGCUCCGGAUGCAAAGGCGAAUGUGACAACAAAUUGUGUCGUAAUCUACAACGAGAUUCCAGAAAAAGUUACAACUGGGCUCCAGACUGGGACACUGCUUCACCUACAAGCACUGCUGCACCUACAAGCACUUCUGCACCUACAAGCAACACUUUUCUGAAUAUCCUGAUCGUGCGGCCCAUCGCCCUCAUCUUCACAUGCAUUGCUGCAUACGCAGUCCAUUACUUCUACCCCAAUCUCUUCUUCUACGAGUAGAGUUUUUGGUCUGAAGAGAGACCAGGGCAGAUGGGCAAAAAAACAAAACGAUGUAAUUCUGAAUACCAAAGGGCAUCCCACUGGUUAAGAGUUUGCCCUAGACCAGUGGUCAAGGGCCAAAGUCCUGCAACUUUUUUUCUUAAGUUUUGUUUUUGGCUCAGGCAGUCUUUGAGAGUGGUUAGACAGGAGAGUAGGUAAUGAAAGUGGGGGAAGACAUGUGGCAAAGGUCAUCAGGCCAGGACUCAAACCUGUGACGUCUGCUUCAAGGACUAAGUUCUCUAUACGUGGGUUGCACUUUGCCAACAGCAGAAGCACAACCUGCAACUUUUAGAUGUGUCCCUUGUCCUACACACUUGAGUUAAAUGGUGAACAUGCUUCACUAUCAGUUGAAACUGCUUCACUAGAUAAUGUUGGAGCUCAUUAGCUCCAACAUUAGCUAAUGAGCUGAUGUUGGAGCCAGAUGUGCUGAAGUAGAGACGCAUCCAAAAGUUGCAGAACACCAACUCUCAACGACUAUCCUAGACCUUGGUAACUGUCAGCUUCUGGUGAAAAUAAUAGUGUAAUGUAACAUGGAUGACAAAAGAACAAUUUAACAGUAUUCACAUCAUAAAAGAAACUUUAAUUUUAUAUUUUUGAGUGACCUGGCAUCCUCAGUGACACAGUCUAAGCAAAAACAAGAAAUUACAUCUGUCCAAAACUGUCGAAACAGACAGGAAAUGAAGACACCUUACAGAGAUAAGAGAAACUAAUUACAGGUCAUGCAAGUCAUGUAAGUUACCAGGUUAUCUGGAAGUUAAUGAUGUAUUUAAAGAUGCAACAACUCUUGUUUUAGAGGCCUUUUGCCAGAAUAUUAUCUGAUUUACACACACCCCCACACAUACA